AUGCGGUGUCAGCGGGUGGUGAGACUGCUGGUGGCCACCGCAGUGCUGCUGGGCGCUGCCAUGUUGCUAUGGCAUGGCAGGCAGCAAGCGGUGGGCAGCAGGGGCUCCCCCGAGGCCAUGGCGCUGAAGCAGGCAUGCACCACACUGCUGGCCGGGCAGGAGUCCCGCCUGAGGGACAGGCAGGUGCAGCCAGUGCAGCGGGCAGCCCGCUGUGGCGCGUAUGUGUCCCACAGCCAAAAAUCCCUUCAGAGACUGAACGUUCCAGUGAAUUUCACUUUAGCAGAAGCCUGCAAAGCACUUAUUGAAGACAAGAUGCCCUUUGUGAAGGAAAAUGCUUUAGAAACUUCAUUCAGAGAAUCCAGCUGCACGGAGUACAUCACGCGGAACCGCUACAUCACCCGCACCCUCUCUGCUGAAGAGGCCGCCUUCCCCAUUGCCUACGUCAUGACCCUGCACAAGGAGUUUGAGACCUUCGAGCGGCUCUUCAGGGCAGUGUACAUGCCCCAGAAUGUCUACUGCGUCCACGUGGACGCCAAGGCGCCGGCCCGCUUCCGUCGGGCGGUGCGGCGCCUGCUGGGCUGCUUCCCCAACGCCUUCCUCGCCUCCCGGGCGGAGCGGGUGGUCUACGGCGGCGUCUCCCGCCUGCGGGCUGACCUCCACUGCAUGAGAGACCUGCUGGCCUCGGCCGUGCCCUGGCGCUACCUGCUCAACACCUGCGGCCAGGACUUCCCUCUGAAGACCAACCGGGAGAUUGUCCGGCUGCUGAAGGGCCUCAGGGGCAAGAACAUCACCCCCGGGGUGCUGCCACCCCCCCACGUCACCUCCCGCACCAGAUACGUGCACAGUGAGGGGGCCAGCCGCAAUGCCUUGGGGCUGGUCUUCCCCCUGCUGCGCAAGGCUCCCCCUCCCCACAACCUGACCAUCUACUUUGGCUCCGCGUAUGUGGCCGUCACCCGUCCCUUUGUGGAGUUUGUGCUGCAGGACCAGCGUGCCAUCGAUCUGCUGGCGUGGUCUGAGGACACCUACAGCCCUGAUGAGCACUUCUGGGUGACGCUCAACAGGAUCCCAGGUGUCCCAGGCUCCACGCCCAAUGCAUCAUGGGAAGGUGACCUGAAAGCAGUGAAGUGGAUUGAUAUGGAAGAAGCACAUGGAGGUUGUCAUGGCCAUUAUGUCAGAGGCAUUUGUGUAUAUGGAACAGGUGACCUCAAGUGGCUUUUUAACUCCACCUGUAUGUUUGCAAAUAAGUUUGAGCUUAAAACGUACCCCCUGACUGUGGAGUGCCUGGAGCUGAGACAUCGGCAGAGAACCUUGUCCCAGAGUGAGGUUCAGGUGGAACCCAACUGGUAUUUUUAGCUAGCAAAACCUCAAGCUACAACAUCAAUAAAAGUGGUCAAGAGAAUAGCUGCAGCAAUCUUUAUUUUUGCUGUACCAGAAGCAUGAACUCAAGAGACAGGUUUCUUUAGUAUAUUCUGUAGAUGCAGCUCAGGCCAGCUUAUCUCACACUGCCUGCAAAGCUCACCUUCCACUUAACACCCAGAAGCUAGAGCACAAGAGAUACAAAAAGAGACACCAGGACUAAGGUCCUCUUGCAGCUGGAGGAGCUUUGCACUUUUGCCAUUUUUAAUGGGCUGUUUUCCAGCCCCAACUUUUGUCUUGUUACACUGUCAUUGCUAUUUUUUUCUAUAAAAAUAUAAAGAGAUACAUGCAUCCCAGGCACUUUUCCUGUCUAAAAGACAAGUGUGCACAUUCAGUAAGCAAAAAGAUAAUGAGUCACAGUCAGCAAGGUUUUAAAAGCAGGAACACAACUGCUGGCUAUACAUACAGAUGAGGUUUUGUCAAAGAUACUGAUAUUUACUGUCAGAGAAGUACUGGAAAUGGAAUAAAGAUGCUGCACUUCCCAGAUCUUACCUGUUCUUUAUCUGUUGGGACAAGUUUUUUAAGAGAAAACAGCAUCUUUUACUAGAUCAAUGGGUGUGGUUAGAAAAAUCAGAUAGGCUUUCAGACACAGGAGCCCUUCUCCCUGUUUGAAAAAUGGGGGCUUGCAUAUUUGUCUUACUUGGUCAACUAACAGAACUGGGAAAAAAAAAAACCCAAACCUCUCUACGUGCAGAUUUUGGCUCACCAGUGUCCUUAAAUCAUCAUGUGUAAGGACACAGAGAGUUGGAAGGCGGGGAAGGAAGUAGAUAAAUAUUUUCAGGACUGAAAAAGCAGUAACUGAACUUUGGCAAUAAGUCAUUAAUUCUGUGUCAUAGUUGGAUAUGGCAUAAGCCUUCUUCCCAAGUUGACUUCUUUUCACCUUCAUAUAAUGGUUAAUGCACAUACUUAACCUUGGGGUUCACUUCAUCACAGCCCUACUUUUAUUCCCCAGUAACAGCCACUAGAGGGAGGCCAUCAAAUAUCUGAGCAGGUUUUCCCUUCCAAGUCUGCAUAACCCCUUAAAGCACACAAAAUCUCAGCAAACUAGGCAUGCCACAAAUAAAUAAAUCAGUGCUUGGAAAUAUUUUAGCAUGACAAACAGAAGGUAAAAGUUAUGAAUAUUGGUUAUUGUGUCCUAAAAAACAAACCAAAGCUAUGAAUGCUUCUUCCUGUAACUAUGACAGUUGUAUUUAUGUGGCAUGUUAGCAGCACUGUUGAGUGACCAAGUCAGCAGCACAAAGGCAGUGUAAACUGGGAUGCCUGAAUCUAAGGAGGGUGUGUGCUGCUCUCCUGUCUCUCUUCUGAACAAGCGAUGAUGGCUCACAGAGUACCCCUUGGAUAACAGCAGUUUACCACCAACUUUAUUAAACCAUUGCUGAUUUCAGGGUCUUUUAAUAAACUGGAUUGCAAACUGCAGCAGUUCAGAAAUGACAACGCAUCAUAUUUAGAUGUCCUGAAGCAAGGCUGGUAACCUGCAGGGAAGGUUCUCAGCAAGCAGGAUCUGCAUCAGUCAGCUUAUUCUGCAUCUAUAGCUGCCAACACCUAAUAAUGCAGAUCCCUGCAGAAAAGUACAAACUAUUUACCUUGGGAACAGAACUUUGGUGAAAAUCCUGUUCAGUUUUUUGGGGGGAGGGGAGAAGAAGAGGGCUUUGCUAACUUGCUGCCAUGGUGGGAGCCGAAGAGAGAAGUUUUUCAGAGGGAGUAAUUCUCCCUCUUUAAAGAGGGAGUUUUAGGGUGUCCAACUCAAGAGAGAUCUGGAACUAGCUCCCAUUUGAUCUAACAAGCUGAAUAUCCCCCAAAUUGAAACAUCCCAAAUAAAAUAAAGGCAUUCUCACAGUUUUAUGAGAAUAUUUAAAAUAGCCUAGAGUGCAAACAAGAUGGUAUUUCGUUGUUCGGACUCCACAGGCAAAUGACAAAAUAUCACCCAACAGCAGAAGCAGUAAGCUUGGAAGUUUGAAACUCUGGAUAUAAAAGGGUGUUGUACUCUGAGCCUGAUCAAACAGAGGUAUUUUAAUCCUGGGUUAUAUUACCUGUUUAAGUAAGAACUCAGAAAAACAUCACAGAUUUCUGUCCAGCUGUGA